AUGCCCUACGUCGACCUCGUCUCCGGCGACGACUACGCCUCCAUCUGGUACGACACCAACGCGCCCAAUGGCAACGUCGGCGGCUUCGACCCCGCCAAACCCACCGUCGUCAUGCUGCACCCGCUCUUCCUCGACUCGAGCUGGCUCUACCCCCAAAUGGACGACCAUCGUCUCAACUCGCAAUUCAACGUCAUCGUAUUUGAUACCCGCUCGACUGGCAGGUCAAUCGCAAGGCCGACGGGCAAGUUCGACCUCUGGGUGACCGCUGCUGACCUCGCGCUCUGUUUCUACCACCUCCGCCUACCAGCCGCACACAUAUUUGCUCCCGAACUCAACGCAUACGCCGCCCUGCGUUUUGCCGUCCUCUUCCCCGAACUCGUUCUGAGCCUCACGCUUUGUAACGUCCCCGCGCAGACUGAAAUUCGCUCAGUUUUCGAAGCGCUAGAGGAACUCUGCCAGCUAUGGGCAUUCUCAGAAGAUUUGGAGUCCUUUGAGUAUUCUUGCAAAGAGGUCUUGGAUUUCUUUGCGCAGGAUGCACAUCCGGAUUUACAGGACGACCUUGUUGCGUAUUGGGAAGUGCACUAUCCGCCCUUCCGAAGAACAUAUGUCAUAACCAACGUGAAUCUGUUAAUGAACCGAACACCGCUAACUCCGGUAGAACUCGCGCGUAUCACCUGUCCGGUCUUCAUAAUCCAGGCGGAGAGCAGCCAGACACACCCCGUGGUGUACGCGGAGCAGAUAUCGCAGCACCUCGCCAACGUUCCCGGUGGCUCAGCAUCCAUCUUCCCGGUGAAGGCUUCGCAAGGUUACCUCUCGCUGAUGAGCGCGUCGAUCGUGAACCAGGUCUUCAUGAAGUUCCUCGUCCGUCAGCCGCCGGCACGCUCCGAUCCGCUGCGCCUAGAAGGACCGUUAGUGGACCGCAUGCGGACUGCGCUCUCCGCACUGGGCACGGUGCGCAAUGACCCGUCGAUAGCUGAUCGGGACCCGCUCUCUCCCCUGUCCUUCUCGUGCGCGUCGGCGGAGAUCGUACGGAGCCAGGAGGAAACGCGCACAACAUACGAGAAGGGCCAGCGCACCGCGUUCUCGCCACUUGGGCUUGACGGACGGCCCCUGCGCAAGUUCUCAGAAAGGAAAGAUCAUUGGCUGGAUGGCGGUGCGGAUGGGUUCUCCUACUCCAGCGCGAACAACUUCCGGAAGAAGGCCACGAAGCAAAAGCCGCCGCGCCGGCGGGAGGAGCUCGAGCCGAGCAUCGUCCUGCCGCCGUCCGAGCCCGUCUCGGAGGAGCUCCAGCAGGUCUCGCGCCUCCGCCGCGCGACGAUCAACCCCAGCGCCGUCGACAAGCAGGUCAUCAAGGGCACGAUGGCAAAGGUCGUCUCCACCAGCCAGGGCGUCCCGAGCCUGCCCCGGCUGCUCAGAUAG